UCUGUUUGACGCAUGCGCAGUGAGGACGGGCCUAUCGAACGGCGCGGCCCUUCUUACCGCCCGGCGUGGCGUUGAGGGGAGAGAGCUGCGUGAAGGAAGAGGAAGGGAGCCGUGGGUAGGGCCAAAAUGAGUUUAUUUGGGUCAACAUCAGGAUUUGGAACUGGUGGCACCAGCAUGUUUGGCAACACAUCAACAGAUAACCACAAUCCAAUGAAGGAUAUUGAAGUUACAUCGCCGCCUGAUGACAGCAUUGGUUGUUUGGCUUUCAGUCCCCCAGUUUUGCCGGGUAAUUUUCUUAUUGCAGGAUCAUGGGCAAAUGAUGUCCGCUGCUGGGAAGUGCAGGAUAAUGGGCAGACUAUUCCAAAAGCACAACAGAUGCAUACAGGACCUGUGCUAGACGUUUGUUGGAGCGAUGAUGGUAGCAAAGUGUUCACAGCAUCCUGUGAUAAAACUGCCAAAAUGUGGGAUCUUAAUAGCAACCAGGCAAUACAAAUAGCACAGCACGAAGCUCCUGUAAAGACUAUCCAUUGGAUUAAAGCACCAAAUUACAGCUGUGUAAUGACCGGGAGCUGGGAUAAAACUUUAAAAUUUUGGGAUACACGAUCACCUACUCCAAUGAUGACUUUGCAGUUGCCAGAACGAUGCUACUGUGCCGAUGUAGUAUAUCCCAUGGCUGUUGUGGCUACUGCAGAGAGAGGCUUGAUAGUUUAUCAACUAGAGAAUCAACCGUCUGAAUUUAGAAGAAUAGACUCUCCUCUUAAACAUCAGCAUCGUUGUGUGGCUAUUUUUAAAGACAAGGUGAACAAACCAACAGGAUUUGCCCUUGGAAGCAUCGAAGGAAGAGUAGCCAUUCAUUAUAUUAACCCAACAAAUCCUGCCAAAGACAACUUCACCUUCAAAUGUCAUCGAUCCAAUGGCACAAACACAUCUGCACCUCAGGAUAUAUAUGCAGUGAAUGGAAUUGCCUUUCAUCCUGCCCAUGGUACAUUAGCAACUGUAGGAUCUGAUGGUAGAUUCAGCUUUUGGGAUAAAGAUGCACGAACAAAGCUAAAAACAUCGGAACAGUUGGACCAGCCAAUAUCUGCUUGUUGCUUCAACCAUACUGGCAACAUAUUCGCAUAUGCUUCCAGUUACGACUGGUCAAAGGGGCAUGAGUUCUAUAACCCACAAAAGAAGAACUAUAUUUUUCUGCGCAAUGCUGCUGAAGAAUUAAAACCGAGAAAUAAGAAGUAGUGAGUAUCAUUCAGACCACCCUUUUAGAACUAUUCUCCUGCCAUGUGUCCUCCUCUGGUCUCCUCCUAGUUAUCUGUUGUGGAUUGUGGACCGCGUGAUUCAUACCAAAGCGCAUUCUUACUGGCCGGAAAGCAUCCCUUUGAGCAGUGUGUUUGAUGCUGUUUAGCACUGUCUAUGACAUUUGCAUGAAAACUUGCCGGUGUUCUUACUAGUUGCAAAAUGCCUGCUUUGGACCAUGACAGUUGCUGCCUAACUUCUUGUCAAUAUUUUAUAAUAACUCAAGUAAUUCAGGGUAAAAUAGGUUGAUUUCUUGAUGGAAGUGGAAUUGGGGCUAAUAAUUUAAAGGGCAUCUAGUAUAAUUGUAGACUAUUUUUCCUCCAUAGAAUAUAUACAAUUAAUAUUAAACUGCUGGCCACUUAGAAUAAAACAAAAUGUUCAAGGGGGAGGAGUCUUAUGUUCUUUUUAUUUGCAGACAGAUAUAUUUUUCAGGCAGAAAUCUGAUGUAGACCAAACAGGGAUUUGUUUCCUGGUUUGUUUCAGUUCUAAAGUCUGUAAUAUUCAGUCUCGAUUUAUUUUACAAGCAUUUCAGACCGUGCCUAUGGAUGUAGUUUUGUAAUGUGACACACAUCUAGGGAACUAAGGAGUUUGCAGAUUCUCUUUUGAGAUAUGACAAUGUGCAGAAAUUUGGAAAUUGAAUAUAGAACCAGGGAUGCCAUCUAAUAUGUAAGUUCUGAUGUGGCUAUAAUUCAGUGAACUUUGCCUUUUGUUUUUUGAAGUCAGUGUUGAUGAAUAGGAUACUAAGACUGCACUGUGCCUUCAUUGGCAGAAAAAUGUGGAGUGGAGGCCCAUUUCAUACGAAUGUAUGUUCAUAACAUGCUCACUGCUCUAACUAAUUCAAUGUCCUGAUUAACUAGAGAUAUAGUUAUAUUCCACAUUAUCUCAAGCAAUAUACUGCUUUUCCCCUUAUAAUCCCACUACAGAAGUUCUGCCAUUGCCUAAUAUGAGCACCAGAGAACAACCAAGUAGAAAUGAUGCACAGGUUUUCAUUUGGACCAUAUAGUCCAGGUUUAUUCUCAUUAGAAGAACCUGUUGUGCCAAUGCCAAAGGGUGCUCUUUCGACAAGCUUGAUACUUAUUUCCACUUGAAAUGAACAGAGUUAAAAGGAGGGACCAGAAUUUGUAUACAACGAUGCUUCCGUCAAAACUCUCUGUAAUCCUAUAAGUUGUAAGACUUGCUACAAUUUAAAUAAAACUGGUUUGAAAUAAA